GUGACCGUUUUCGAGUAUGAUAUAUAAUAAAAUAAAUAUAUAUAUAUAAAUAUAACGAUACGAGAAGAUAUUUUGUUCCCUAGUCGGAAACCUUCAAUCCUCAGCCCAUAUAUGCGGGAGCCAGCCAGUGCUCCAACUCCAGGAUCUCUGCCUGCACGCAGGUGGAUCUCACGACCAGCGCCCGCACCAACUCGCCAGAUUUCAGAUUAGGCGGCCAAGAUCGUACCAUUAUAAUGUGUAGAAGUAAGAGAGCAAAGCUUUCUCAUGAUAGAUCAGUCUCCACGAAGAAACAGCAACAGGACAGACCAGCCUCCACCAAGAAACAACAAUCCAACGAUCCGUUCCAAAGCCUUCCACAGGAUGUCCUAUGCUUGAUCCUAUCAAAGCUGCCCCUGAUGAAAUUGUUCGGACGAGCACUCUUUCAACCAAGUGGAGACACACAUGGACAUCAUGCCCUAAUCUAAUAUUUGAUGCUGCCACGAUGUGUGCCAACAGUACUACUUCCAGCAAAGAGCAGCGCGCGCGGGUUUUCAUUGCAAGUGUCAAUGCUGUCUUGAAGCAGUGUGGUGCUACGGCUGUUGAAGAAUUUCAGAUCAAGUUCCCAUUCGACAACCUGCUAGUUGAUCAUCUCAAUAACUGGGUGAAAUUUGCUGUCUUGUCACGGGCAAAGAAUCUAGCAAUUGAGUUGGAGCCCGAGGACUCAAGAUGCUGCAAACAUCCGUUCCCGUUUGAGCUUUUCGACAAGCAAAGCAUGUCCCGCCUUGAGGCAAUUCGUCUCAGCUUCGUAUCACUUAAAGCACGACCCAACUUUAGUGGUUUUCCAAACAUCAAAGCGCUUGAUCUAAGAAGUGUGGAUGUCUCUUCAAAUGAUCUUCAGCUUGUUCUGUCAAGUUGCUCCAAUCUUGAGAGAUUAAGCAUCGCUAUGUGCCAUCCGCAUGAUGACAUAAGGGUGUCACUUCCGCGUCUGCAACACUUGCACGUGGCGCACAGUUGCAUAAACAAAAUACACUUCAUCUCCAAGAACCUCCGAACUUUUGUGUAUGAUGGAUUUAUGGUACCUCUUGAUCUCAGUGAAAGUCUGCAACUAGGACAUGUGGAAAUGAACUUUCCUUCGUUAACGCUAGAGCAUGCCAUUACCGAACUUCCCCGAGCGAUGCCCCAUGCACAGAACCUGAAUCUGAGUGCAUGUAUGACAUUGAAGGUAUUUUGCUUGCCAGAGGGUGUGACCAAGUUUUCUCAUCUGAAGUAUCUACAGCUGAGGUUGUAUUUUUCUGGUCAGGACAAUCUCCUCUCCUUGGCUUCUUUUCUCAAAGCUGCCCCUCUACUAGAAGAGUGAGAUAUACAUUUUCAGCGCCGCUCCUUUCCGCUGAAUGACUUUGAGAAGUUACCUAUCAGGAGCCUUCCUCCGUGUCGCCACGGUCAUCUAAAGAGGGUGCUCAUCACAGGGUUCCAUGGGGCCCGGGGUGAGAUUGAACUUGCAGCUCAUGUUGCAGAUAACUCCACCAGGCUUCAGGCCUUGGUCAUAGAUCCAGUCAUGAGAGGUGUGGAUAGCAAUAUGCUUACUUUAACGCCCGAGGGAAGAGCUAUGUACUGGGAUCUUGCCCGUAAGAAUGCUAAGAAGUACCUUGCCAGGAGAGUCGCACAGGGUGCACGGUUUGAUGUUCUGUGAUGAUGAUUGAAUGUUGUAGAUGAGGUUGCAACGAUGAUGCAUUACUGUGCAGGGGCUUGGUUUUAGGAAUAAUUCUACUCCCUCCUAUCCAAAUUAAUUGACGCAGUUUCUGUA